AUGGCACCCAGACCUAUAUGCAAUCCCAUUUGCGUUGAUAUGGAAGAUAUCCUUCACUUGAAUGUCCCAGGAUCUAAGCAAUUAGCAUCAUCAUCUCUGUUAUGCAUCAAUGAGGCAUCCUAUGCUUCAAUUUACCCCAAAUUAAAUUCUGAAAAAAUUUGGGGCAAUGUCACUUUUUCUGAGGCAACAGGGUUCAUCGGUGAGACGAUUGACUAUGACUUUUGCUUUGACAUGAAUACCCCAUCUGUGUUGCUCAAAGUGCCAAUUGGUGGAGCACAAUAUCAACGUUAUGGUGAUUCUGAAUCUGGGGAUAGUGAUGAUGAAGAUGAUGAUGAUGAUGAUGAUGCUCCAACCCAAAAGAAGAUGAGGACUGAAGGGACUCAAGGUGCUACAGGGAGAAAUGAGCUUUCUGACCCUGCUUCCGACACUACUUCUGACUCCACCUCCUCCAUGUCCACAAAUGAACUAUUUGCGUUACUGGACAGGAAGAAGAAGGGAACAGGGUCUGGAUCACCUACCUCAUCUUUUUGA